UGAUUGACUUUGACAUUAAUUAAUUCUCAAAAAAAAUAGUGUUGUGUAACAAGGAUUCUUCGAUAGACCCAAGAAAAUAUUUAACACAAUGUUGAGCUACAAAUACUACGACACUCCCGAAGGGAGUGAUAUUUUCAAGAAGACUUUUGUUACUUCAAAAUAUGCGGCCUUAUCUGGAAUUGCCUACGCUUCAUUCGAUGUGCUUAUGUUUUCUCAUCCGACUGGUAUCUUAAACACUUUAGGCCGCUAUGCCUAUAUUGUGGGGCCAAUGAUGGGUAUGGCAACAGCAUUUACUGUAACUGCUAAUGCAGCCCAAAAUAUAAGAGGCAAGAAUGAUAAAAUCAAUUAUUUCCUUGGUGGUGUCGCCGCUGGCUCAAUCUUUGGAGCCUGGCAAAGAAGUGUGACCGUAGGAGUACCAGCAGCCGUAGUCCUGGGUGUGGCAGCCGUCAUCAAGAAGACGGGUGUCGACGAAGGCUGGACAUUCUUCCCACAGAUCACCCAUGCCACCAAAACAAUUCAGUCUGUGAGACAUGAUUGGACACUAGUCAAGGAUUUGGAAGACUACAAGAAUUUUACUACUGGUUCAAAGUAAUUCAAGCAGAAUUGUGGAAUGUAGUGUACAUAAUCAAUUUGUAAUUAAUUUUUAUUUAAGUGUUACAAUAAAUAUAAACAAAAUUCA